CGCCGGGGCGGCGGUGUCACGCUCCGGCGGGCCCCCACCCCCCGCAUGGCUCCGGCCCGAGGCGGCCCCCCGAGCCCCCGCGCUAAUUAAUUACAUGCGAAUUAAUUAGCAGGCGCAAAGGUCCCCGCCGGGCCGGGCCGGGCCGGGCCGGGCCAGCCGUGACGGCAGAAGCAGGCGGUGGCGGCCGGCUUUGCCCCCCGCUCCCGGAGGGCGCCCGUCGCUCGCCUCAGGCCGCCCGCUGCCGCCCCGAGCAGCUGGAUCGAAGGGCGCAGAUUUAGUGCUCUGUCCCUUGCACACAGACAUCCACCCACGUUUCUGCUCCUAAUUUUCUUCCCGUGCUAUUAUGGUAAGGAACUUGAUGUCAUUUGAGCAGAACAAUUAGAUGGUGAAACAUUAGCCAGGCAAUAGAGAUAGGAUUACCUUCUGCAGAAACAAGCAUCACUGCCCUACUGUCUAACGAAGCUGUUACUUGCAACCAUCUCAGGACGUUGUUGCAGCAAAACAUGGUUUUGGACUUGAUUUUUAAUCAUACAGAUUAAUUUCUGAAACAUCAAAAUACCAUGCGAUGUGCUUUGAAAUUCGUUUGCAGAUUUCAGAGCAUAAGAAAAAACAGGAAACGUGCCUGACUGCUGCGGAAAGGCCUUGGAGAUGAUUCCCUGAAACCACUAGGAUGCCUGGCUGUUUUAGAAAGACUUUAUUUGCCUUGGCUUCUCUAAUAAGUUUUGUGUCUUUCAUCUUGAUUGUUGUUGCAAUGGGGACCCCAAAGUGGAUGACUGGAAAGAUCCUUUGCAAAACAGGAGCUGAUUUGGUCAAUGCCACGGAUCCAGAACUGGUCAAGUUCAUUGGAGAAAUUUACUAUGGACUCUUUCAGGGUGGCAAAAUACGCCAGUGUGGGUUGGGUGGGCGGCGUUCCAAAUUCACAAUUUUCCCACACAUGGUGAAAAAGCUGAAUACAGGCCUGCACGUGAUGAUCAUAAUGUUCCUCUGUGUGGCCAUUUUCUUUUCUUUGGUCAGUUUUGGAUUCUGCAUUCUUAACGCAAUAAAAGUUCCUUACCGGGCUAUUAAAGGUCCAGCAGGAGUAUGCCUUUGGAAUUUCCUUGCAGGUGGAUUUAUAGUACUUGCAGUAACCAGCUUUAUGGCUGCUGUGAAACUUCAUCACCUCACAGAAAGAAUUGCCAAUUUUCGGGAAAAUGUCUUUCAAUUCGUUAUCUUAGAAGAACGGUUUGAAGACUGUUUUUGGAUUUGUGUGGCAAGUGCCACAGCAUCUGCAGUAAAUUUGCUGCUGAUAGCCAUUAGUGGGAUUCCUUUCCCUAAAAUUAAGACUAAAACAGAAGAAGCAAAUGUUACAGCAGAAGAUAUCAUGUACUAAUAGAUAUACACAAAACUACUGUGGUGAACUGUUGGGAUAGAAACAGCUUCCUGGCUCUUCAGCUUUUGAUUUGGAUGAAUGAUUUUGGUAUAAACAUGAGUAAAGACGUCAGUCUACAAUAUCAGCAAGUAACAUGUGUGGGAAAGUGGGAAAAACAAGUGCUACAAAUAUAAUUCUCUCAAAACUGACCAAUAUCUGCAGUGAAUAUAUGCUGUUUGCAGUUUUCAGAAAAUUAACAUUUUGAGAUAUUUUAGGAAACUUAGGUGAAAUAUUAUUGCAUCAAAACCAAGUGACUUCUUUCUUUAGAAAGAAAAUAUGUUCAUCACAAAUCUUUGAUGCUAUAAGGUUAUUUCAGAACAGAAAGGAUGAACAUUUGCCAAUUACCUUCACAGAAUUAUCUGGAAAACAUUGAGAGGGGCAUGUAAGAUAUGUUUGAUGAUGUUAUACUGCAUUGAAAAAGAAAACAUCAUCUGUGAGGCUAAGCACAGGCUAAGUAUGUGUGAAAUGUUUUUGAAACAGAAAUUAAAGAAGUGAAAGAAAUAAAGUUUAUGGGAUGCUAGUAGACUAUGAAAAAAACUAUUAGCUGCAAGAUGAAGGUUUCAUUGCAGCUUCUGGAAGUAAACAGAAUCUAAGAGUGCUUCUAGAUAACCUGGAAAAUAAUGAUCAGACAGAUCAAUUGUCUUCAGAACCCUGUUAAUUCUUAUGUCUAUCUGAAAUCAAGUAGAAGCAAUGUAUGAUGAAACACAUUUAAAAUGAAUAAAUAUGGUUAAAUGGAUGGAAAA